AGCACAUCAUAAGCCAACACACGACCAGACGUCGUCAGUUACUGCUCUCUAUUUCUCCGAGUGUACACGGCGGGACAGAGACUUUUGAAUCAGCUUAUAUAGGAAUACUAUGGCGAUGAGAAGACAUGCACAAAGUUUUCUUUCCGGUACUUGUAUGGCGUACAACAACGUCUUGGAUUACGCAAGUACUCCUACAAACAUUCUGGACGAUCUUUUCGGUCUUGGUUACAGGGGAGAGGGAGAGGGAGGCGAUGAAGACAUGCCUUCGCAGUCCUACUCUUUGACUGAAACAGAGAACGAAUUCGCUUCGUUUUCUGCUCCACCCUCCAUUUGUCUUUCUGCUCAGCAACCACUGAGCCAACUACAGGGUGGACUGCGAGACGCUGAGAAACAAUUUCAAGAAGAAGUCGAGUCUGAUCCCUUCCUCAAACUCUUUCAGACUCAAAGAGUGAAAACUGAUCCAUCUGGCAGUCACAGCAUGGAGACACAACUUCAUGGCCAGUCUCAGGACGGAGGAGAUUUCAGAGGAACCGUGACGGGUCAAGUUGGCUGUGAAGAGUCCAAGCAUGGGGAUGAAGCUGAUAUCUUGUCAAGUUUCUCAAGCCAGCCUCUUGAGCCUUCCGGGAUUUUCCCAAGUGCGGAAAGAGGAAGUCUACAAUCUUUUCCUGAAAAUAAUGAGCUGAAGGGGCUCAAAAGCCAGGCAUUCUCAGGGAGGGAAGGAUUUCAUUCUCAUUCUCUCUUUACAUCAGCAGGUCAGAGACCGUUUGUUGCAGCAGGACCACUUGAGACUGACUCAGCAGCAGUUCGUUGUGUUUCCGCUCCCGGAGGAUAUCACAGCAUGUCAAAACCAGUGGAAUCAUAUGUUGUUCCUCCUCGACCAGCAUCCGUGGAUAGUAAUCUCUCAGCCAGUGCCAUGGUAGUCGAUGAUCCUACAACUACAAGAUUUCCAUUCAAUGUUGCUAGCAGAUUUGACCCAUUGUCGUCUGAUACUACUCAUGCUCACUUCCACUCCAACGCAAGCUAUACUCAUGAACAAGACGAGGUACAAUCGGCAUGUGUUGCAGUUAGGGAGAACCAAAGGGAGGCGAUUCACCAGUCGCCACAGAUGCAGUCGUGCCAGCAACCACCACGAUACGGACUGUCUCCCAGUCUCAGAGUAAUAAACCAGCCGCAGCAAGAGCAAACAGUGUUGUAUGAAUCAGAUUCCGCAACUCGUGGGGUACUAAAGGACAGAGAAGGAAAGGGGUUCCCUGCUGUUAUGGUUACGGAUUAUGAAGGUCCUGCAGAAAUCUAUGUAUAUGCUGCCACCUCAACCGGAGAAGCACAUCCCUUCUUCUUCGUUCAGUGUGUAGAUGGCGUUGGUCAUUGCCACUGCGAUAAAGACCAGGAUGGGCUUCGUUUUGUAAGAACAAAUGUCCACCAAGGAAACGGAAUGCGAGCCAUAUUUCCAAAGCUCAGUGUCAAGAGAUACAAAGAGAAGGAAGUGAAGCAUAACUUUGCACAGUGGCAACACGAGAAGAGUUUCGUCUUCCUUCGCUUCCUCGCUCGUCUCCCCAAUGGCGAAACCCUGGACGAGAUGUCUGAAAAGUUAUUCAUGACAAGAAAGGCAGACAUGCAGAAGAGACGAGACCAGAUGAAAAGCCAUACAACCAUAGAACCAACGACAACAACGACCGUUCAAGCACCAGUAUCCCAACCACUGGUCGCUCGAAUCAUCGGGUCGCCGGCUACACACGAGGGCGGCACCGAGAUAUGUAUUUACGGCAGCAACUUCUCACCCGACUGCCACGUUGUGUUCUCAUUUCCAAGUCAGUUCAGUAAACAUCCGGUCGAAGCACGCAAAUUGACCGACCAAAUGGCUUGCACCAAUACACACUUACUAGUUCAUGUGCCACCGAGCCCACUAGCCGGAUGCCCUCCUCCAUACAGACAACAACGGGUGGCGGCAAAAGUGUAUGUCAUCAAUCCAAUGACGUGCUCUCAAAGUGCGGACAGCAUGCACAACGUCUUCAUAUACUCAGACUAAUUGUUUUACACCUAGUUGGUAAACUAUAAUGUAGCCAUUAUAUCCACUAGUAAAUUUGUGCUGCUGAUAUGUUGGUGGCUUUGGCCUUGAAUGAAUGUCAUUGGUGUGACAGACAGCUAGAGACGUUGGCUCACUUGCAAUGAGCACAUUGUUACAUGUAUUUCUCACAGUGGGAGUUAUAAUAGCCAAAUGUAACUGAAUAUAGUGUGAUGAUAUCAAUGAUAA